AUGCUCGUGUUGCUGAUUCACUUGUUACAUCUGUUCCCUCGUUGCGAGGUCCUGUUCGACUCUGAAACGGAGGUAGGUGGUGCCUAUCGGGCGGAUUUGGAUGAUCCGGAACUUUGUCUCCCCGCGAGUGCAUGUUUAUGGGAACUAGACCUCCUAAGGACACAUCCGUCACCUACGGUACGUGCUCGCAUGAAUUGUGUUGUCAUUUCGUGUUUAGUUCGUUUUGGUGGACAAUCCAUUGCCACUUAG